UCACCUCUAAAUUCGGUGAGGGUUUCUGAUCUGCUAGUCGAUGCCGUCAAUGGAGGCGUCCAAGAAGCAUUCAUUUGUGAGAAGCGUAUUGAGCUCGAGACAAGGGCUUUAGCAGCAUCAGUUGCGUGGUUUGGGAAGCAAACCGAUCAGUGGCUUGCUGCUUCUCAUGGAAUCAACACGGACUUGAAAGAAAUUGGAGACUUUGAGAACUGGAUGAAGAUGAUGGAAUAUGAUUGUAAGAGGAUCAGUGAUGCAAUAUGCAACAUCUACCAAGAGUAA